CAGCAGGUAUAGUUAGUUCAGUGAGAAUCGAAUCGUUGUAUCGAAUUUACACGCUGCUAGUUUCUGCUAUCGGAAUUCUACUAUGGAAUGGCUCCGCCAAUUUGUGACAUCACAUUCGAUGACAACCAUCAUGGCGUGUAUCUGGCCGGACAAACGGUAUCCGGCCAGGUGGAGCUGAGCCUGUCCAAGGCGAAGAAGGUCAGGAGUAUGUAUUUGAAAAUCACAGGAUCGGCUAGUGUGAAAUGGAGUGAAAGUAAAGGAAAUGGGAAGAGUGUCGUGUGUUCUGGAAGGGAGGAGUAUGCUAGUUACCAGCAAAUUUUUCUCAGGGCAGCCGAGGAAGAUGAGCUGCAGGAGGUGGAAAUCGGAGAGGGAGUGCACAGAUUCCGAUUUUCCUACAAGUUGCCAGAGAACAGUCCCACAUCCUUCGAGGGGGAUUUCGGUUUCAUACGAUACACGAUUCGGAUUGUACUGGAAAGGCCGUGGAAGUUUGAUCUGACGUACAAGAUCGCCUUUACGGUGGUUAACCAGCUGGAUCUGAACAAAGUAUCGCCUCCUCUGAACGUGGCCACCGUGCAGGAAAACAUGAAACAAUUCAGCUGCGGACCAUGUAGAUCGGCUCCGAUGAUUAUGACAGCAUUUAUUCCCAUGACUGGUUACGUUCCCGGCCAGCUGAUUCUGGUAACGGUCGACGUCGCCAAUAAAAGCAAGAAGGACAUUAAUGAGAUUAAAAUAAAGCUUAGACGACAAGUGAAAUACGUAAGCCAAUCGCCGACAGUCAACACCAAAAGUGUAUUUUGCACCCUUGUCAAAUACCAAUGCAGCGGAGUGAAUCGAAACCGAUCGGCUGGCUACGAGAGGCGGCUUUUGAUCCCACCUGAGCCCCCCUCUCGAUCUGUUUCCAUAAUACAAAUCGAAUACUUUAUCGAGGUGAUUGCCAAGGUACCUGGCCUGUACAUGAGUCCCCGGCUCAAAAUUCCAAUCACCAUAGGAACGGUCCCGCUGACCAAACUAAACCAAUCGCAGGAACGAUCCUCAGCCAUCGAAGCAAGCCAAGGGUCGUCAUCGGCAACCAAUCUCUCUACCCAAUUCCUAUCGAGUAGCAGCCUGCAAUCGUUGAAAAUUCCGCACAGCUACGAGGAAUCGCUCAGCCGCGUCGAGGUAAACAUUCACGACGAAGACGAGGGACGCCAAACGCUGGGAGCGAAACCUUUCACCCCGCGUUAUCCGGUUUACCGGUUCCAGCUCCAGCAACAGGAACAGCAACCGCAACGGCAACAAUCAUCCGAAACGCAAGACUGCUGACAGGCCGAGAGGGCCGAUGUGCGCUUAUCGAGUAGACAACCGCCAAAAGUGAAAAGUCUUGUUGUUGUUGUCCUCUUAUCGCAGAAAGAAAAAGGUGUGAACGAAUAGUGUUCGUCCCAAGAAACGGGCAGUGUUUGUUUUCGAUAAACGAGAGAGGGCUCGUGAGUGUUCCUUGUCCCUACCUGCAAUCUUUCAACGCAGUUAUCGAAUAUUAGUUUAAGACUAGCGGAGAUUUGUUUUAAUAUACGAUUACUACCUAGUCAGCGAACCAUUCUAGAUAAGAAGUGAAAAUAAAAUUAUUGCAAAAUAAAACUUUGAAUUCAAGUUGUAUGUCUGGCUGGAAACAAAUCAAAGUUUAUCGAGGAUAAAUUACCGUAACGGAUUAAGUUCCUAUCAAAAAGUAAAAAAAAAAAUCUAAAUUUGUGCAUGUAGGCUCCAAAAUAAACAUCAAAAGUAUUAAUAUAAAGGACAAAUCUAAAAAAAAAGAUUAAUUUAAAUUUUUUACGAAAGGUGAAUACUGCCGUCAGAUGCAUUUUUGAUGUGUUCAUAUUUUUGGGCUCCUACACCCACAGUUGAGAAUCUAAACCAAUCAUGACAUCCCAGUAUAUGCAUGUAAUUUGCAUAGUAUUUGAACAAGGUUUGGCAAUAAUAAGCUUUAACCAUCAAUCAAACGCUGUGUGUUUUUGUUGUUUGGCCGUAACCCUCUUAAUAACUGACGCAGGUAGAAUACAUGUAAAAAUACUGCAACUGGCAAGACGAUUUAAGACAGGUGUUUUGAGUUCGACGCUCACUUCCCUUUACUUUUUUUUAUUUUCUUUUUUCUAGGAUGAAUUUCCCUGACAAAAAUAUUGUUU